UGGGGUGCUUUGGGAAGAGUGGGGAUCAGGCAGAGGCCAGUGUUGCAGGCAGGCAGUGGAGUUACAGUGUUGAGCCACAGAGACGUGCCCGGGGUGGAUAAACCAUGCUCGCUAAGUGGGAGAAAGACUCUGCGCAGGACACAAGAUGAAAGUGGAGAGGAAGACCUCCUCUACAGGCAACGGUUACGUUGACAUUCCUCCACUUCUGACGCUCUUUGGCCUCCUCCUCCUUCUCUUCACAGGUGAGGUGUCAGGAGUGAAUGUGACCAGCCAAACCCAGGUGGUGAGGGGCACAGAGGGUAAAGAGGCCCUGCUGUCAGUCAGCUACUCCAGCAGCAGCCCUGACAAGCCUGUGAUUAAGUGGCAGCUAAAGAGGGACAAAGAGAAGCCUAUCACGGUCGUGCAGUCCGUAGGAACAGGCAUCAUAGGGAACCUGAGGCCAGAGUACCGCAACCGUAUCCAGGUGUUCGAGAAUGGGUCACUACUGCUCCACAACCUGCAGCUCUCAGAUGAAGGCAUGUAUGAAGUGGAGAUUUCCAUCACAGAUGACAGCUUCACCGGAGAGCACUACAUUGAACUCACUGUGGAUGUUCCUGUGUCCAAACCUUAUAUCCAGAUGAUGGCCUCAUCUGUCCUGGAGUACAGUGAGUACUUCAACCUUCACUGUUCCCACGAUAAUGGCACCAAGCCCAUCUACAGUUGGCUGAAGGGAGACAAGGUGCUGACCAAUGACUCACGCCUGCUGCUUUCACAUGACCAAAAGGUGCUGACCAUCUCACGCGUUCUGAUGUCAGAUGAUGACAUUUACACCUGUGCAGUGGAGAACUCCAUCAGCAGAAUGAAGAGCAAGCCUGUCAGGCUCACUGUCUACAGAAGGAGCUCGCUAUACAUCAUCCUGUCCACUGGGGGCAUAUUCCUCCUCAUCACACUGGUCACCGUGUGUGCCUGCUGGAAACCGUCCAAAAAGAAACAUCGACCUGUCCCCCAAAGAGCUCCUGUCUAUGUAGAGCAGAGUGAAAAUGGCCAUGAUGUUGAUGUUGUACCCAAACCAACCACACUUGGUCGAAGGAGUCCCAUGCCUCUUUAUGUUCUCAAUGAAGAUGAGACUCUGGAGCGUCUGGAGGAAUGUUCUGGCAAUGCUGUCAGCCAAUCAGAAAUAAGUAUCCCUGCCACCUAUGUUCCAGUUCUUCCUCCUUCCUCCAACAAAACUGAGCGGCCCAUCUGGUCUGCCCCUCGCAGGUACCCCCGCAGCCCCUCGCCGCUAGCGCAAACUCUCCAACAGCCCACUCCAGGUCCUCCCCUACGCCCUGUCUGCUCACCUGCUCAUUCACCCAGCUCGUCUCCACGCAGUUUCAGCCCGAUAAGAAAGGUCCGUCCUCCAGUAGGCAUCUCAACCAGCCACCUGCCUGUAGAGGCAGAGUGUCCAGGUCCCAGCGAUCAGGUUCCAUAGCAACAAUGACUAAUGCUCAGAUGUCUGCACGUAUAUUUUAUUGGUUUUCUACUGCAUCUUGACACAAGGACAAUGGAUAUGAUGCACUAGGAUAAAAGGCUGGUUCACUUUCAGCUAACUCUUUGUGUUCCAUUAUGUAUCAUCUAUGUCUUUAUGAUGGUAUUUCAACAGUUUCUUUUGAUGAUAUCCUGUAAGAUGAACAAGUAUAGCCAGUCCACCAGCAUGUAGUAUGUAUAUGAUAUUGAGACAGUAGUGAACUUCAGGUCCUGGUAUAUAUUUUUGCUUCUUGUUGAAUUGUGAAUUUUGCUGGGAUCUUUUCAUAAGUGCCUGUACAUAUGUAAGUUAAUGAUGACAUAAAUCCUCCCUUUUACCUACUUUUCUGAGGGAACUGAAUGUGAUUUGCCUUUUAUGACUAUAAAUGUAAUUUCUUCCUAGUCCAUUAGGUGUCACCCACACAUUUCUUUAAACACUUUCAGAAACCAUCUCCACUGAGAUUUAUUGGAUUCUAUUAAAAAUAUAAAUAUAUAUUCUAGCUUUAACACUUUUCAUACACCGUUUUGUUUUUUAAUGACAUUUUUGGGUGUGUUAUGAAAGUUUCUUUUCUCUUUUUUUGGUUUGGAUGUGUUGCUGCUGUUAGCUUUACUUGAAGUCAACAUCCAUAAGCAGCCGGUUGUCUAAUCAAGGUGCCUCUUACUCUCGACUUACUUGGCUUUAGUAUGUCACUGAGGAUCAAGCUGCACUCAGACCCACAAAAUGAGAGGAGACUAUUCUGUGAGGUCAAUUAGUUCAUAUUUAUAGUAAAUCUUCUAUUUCUGCAGGCCAUACAAUCAUGUACGGCAGCCUACAUUUGAUUUGCUAUAAACAGACCCUUUUGAUUAGGGGCAAGCUGUUCCUGGAAUGGGUUUACAGCAGGCUCUAUGGCAAUCUGUCCAUGUGUAAGAGUUAUAAUUACUUAGUGGUUUAUUUCAUCCUGUGUGUUAUUCUUAG